UCCCUGGACGAACGUCCCGAGCGUGUUCCUCCGUAUAUAUACACCGAGAGGUGUUUGUAUAUAUGUAUAUACAUCCAGGUAUAUAUAUCUGUGUAUAUACAUCGAGAAGUGUGUAUUUGUGUAUACGUAGAGCGCUUAAAUUUGUCGUAUUAGUAUAAAUAUUAGAUUUUUUGCCGGUGGUCAGCUAACGAGCGGUCGUAAUGGCCGUCAGGUAGUUAAGAGUCUUUCAACGUUAUAAACCAGAUAGUAACGAAGCUUUCGGUCACUUAAAUUAUGGAUAAAUGUGUAUAAGCACUUGAUAUACACCUAAGUGUAAAAUCUUGUCUCUCUGAGAUAGUUAAUGUGUAUGUUAAGUGUUAACAAGUGUAUCCGACAAGUGUGUGUGUUUUCGGCCAGUAUUCUCAAGUUAUAAGUAACUAGAAUUAUUAACGAAAUAUUCGUGUCUAUAACAAAGUUAUCUAGAUUAUAAGACUCGAUUAUAACGAUAGUAAGGAUAGCGGUUUUUUUGAUAACGAAAAAAACUUAACAAAAGUCGCGUUGGGGACUUCCAGCACCUCCUGGACCCUACCACAGCUGCUUCCCAGCAUCACCUGUCUGCCUAUCAUCCACGUAUCAUCUACUAUCAUGCAAGAAUGGUGUGUACUGUCCAGAGCUUAAGCCAGAGGUACGACACCCCCUCCACACUACACUAUGUGGGACACAAGCCAGAGGUACAACUCCCUCCCUAACUACACUGUGCGGGACACGAGCUACUCUACAUGACACUCCAGCAGCAGCUGUUGACAGAUGUUCACUGGUCAUUGAAGAUCAUUGAAGAUCUCUAAUCCAGCAGAUGCAGGAGGUUAACAUCCUGCAAGCCAGAGUGAAGAAAAUAUUCACUCUCCAAGGGAAGCUUGCACUGAGGCGAUGUGUUGUGUGUGUCCUGACUAUCACAAUAAUCUGCAUAAAAGCACGCCAGAAAAGGGAAACUGAUCGUCUAUUGUUGACAAUGACGGAGGGUCAAGCCGUCCACGGUGACUCUGAAGUUAUUUUAGGCUGGAGAGGUGAUACCACAAGAGGUUGGCCUUCUCUCAUAUCUGGGACAGGGGGCAAGUGAAGCUAAAGACUGACAUCCUGAUGCAACUAGCAACACAGCGUCCAGAUUAGACUAGCAAGACAGCGUCCAGAUUAGACUAGCAAGACAGCGUCCAGAUGAGACUAGCAAUACAGCAUCUAGAUGAGACUAGGAACACAGCAUCCAGAUGAGACUAGCAACACAUCCAGAAGCAACAAAGGACACAACAAAUUGCCGUAAGUGACCUUCAACAAGUCAACUGCUUCUUUGUAAGAGUCAUCUAGAUUGGGAAAAGCUUGUACGAACAUAUGGGCAUCUCUUCUUAUCUGUCCUUUGAGGAGCUGAAGGCGACACUCUCAACUUGCUGAUCAUCAGCAACUGGGCCAGAUGACAUUCAUAUUCGGAUGUUACAACAUUUACAUCAGUCAGCCCUUGAAGUCUUCCUACUCCUCUUCAAUCUUAUUUGGUCACAAGGAGUUCUUCCCAAGCUGUGGAAAUCUGCCAUUGUUCUCCCUUUCCACAAACCAGAUUUCUUCUGAUGAAGUUGACACCUGGACACCAUAACCCACUCCGUGGCUUGGAUGGUAGCGAUCUCGUCUCGCAUAUUAAGUGUCCAUGAUUCGAUUCCCGGCCGGUUGGUGCCCUUGUUCACCUAACAGUGCUGUAUAAUCCCAACAGGUUUAACGCUCCCCCAUGAAUAAAAUUAUCUCCCUGAGGUCCUUUUCAGCAGACAGAGUGCCUAAGUUACAUCCCUCAAUAAAGCGUGUGAUCUGCGCCUUCCUGCUACACCAACACCACAGGAGGUUCAACCUGCACUGCGGCAUUGCUGAUGGCGAGAACCCCUCAGAUGUGGGCGUCUUCGAGGUGGAUGCCGCCACCGCCACCAACAGCCUGGAGACUCAGAGACGUGUAGAAUGUACUGUAUCCAUCGUGAAAGUCCAGGAAUGGUGGGAAGAAGAUCAGAAGGACCAGCUGGACACGACACAAGAAACUACACCUCCGAGGGGAAGGUUCCUUCCCAGGAUCACCCUGGUGUGGAGAGCUGGAGUUCCUGGACGAGCUCAGAGAGGUGGCACAGACGGUCAUGUCCUGGCACUACACUGGCUCUCAUCCCAACCAGUCUUCAGCAACCAAAGUCUGGAGAACUCCACCAUCUCCACCCAGGGUGACUCCGUGUGGCAUCCAGGCUUCCAGUGGCGCAGAGUGACCUAACCACGUCCAUAACGUAGCCAGAUCAGCGACCUUCACGAGUCGGCGAUGGAGUCUGGUCAGCAGCCCUUCCAGAGAGAGUCUCCACAUCAAUGUCUGAGGCUCCAGUCGGCGAUGGAGUCUGGUCAGCAGCCGUUCCAGAGAGUCUCCACAUCAAUGCCUGACGCUCCAGUCGGCGAUGGAGUCUGGUCAGCAGCCCUUCCAGAGUCUCCACAUCAAUGCCUGACGCUCCAGUCGGCGAUGGAGUCUGGUCA